UGUUGCCUGCACUGCCACCCCUCCCUCCUUGCCCAUUCCGGUUUGUCAACCAACCUUUGAUGGGGAGGAUCCAGCGCAAAUCCGAAUCCUUCCCGCUCUUCCUUUUUUUUUUUGCCAACAAUCCUCUUUGGUUUUGGGCUAUGUAAUGGAUGGGUCACCUCCCGGGCCCGGCUGUUGCAUGCCGGUAUAAGCGUCGUCAUACCGCGUUCCCUAGUUGGGGAGUCAUUUUGUUGGAGCUAGGGUCGAGCGAUUCUGCGCCUUGCUGGGACUGGACGUGUACAAGAAGAUAGUGGCCGCAUGUUCUUUCUUGUCCACCCAACCAGUUGGUCCUUUUUUUUUCUCGACAUACAUCUGCAACUCGAGCUGACUGUUAGUCUUUUCACCGUUUGGAAAUACAUAACGGUAAUCACCAUCCAGUCACAUAAUUCAUCGGCCAAGUUUCUUUAAUUACAGACAGACCAACCAGGUGUAUACAAACUAUAUCUGUUCACACUUGGCAGAAAUGUCGAAACGAACGGUAUAUACAGAAAUUAGCCCGCUCCCACCCAGGAUUUCUCGGGAGGUUGUUUUGGACUUUCUCCAUGAUCAUUUGGGCAUGAUCGACUUGAACCCGCUAGUCAAAGAAAGACAUCCGAUUCCGCCACCCGCCGGCGCGGCACCGGAAGAGAAAUACCUGAGCUGGUAUUCGUUGACGGACAAAAUAUCGUACCUUCCGGGCGGCUUGGCGACGGGGGACAUUUCAUACACGGCCGUCUUCAACGACCUCCCCAACGGACUGCAGACUCACUGCUGGGCGCCGCUGGGCGUCGAAAUCCGCAGCAGAUGGACCCUCAACGGGACCUUGCCCGGCGAACCCCCUGAGAAGGUUGAGUUGGGCAUCGAUGCCCCAUCGACGGGGCUGUAUAUACGAGAGGACGUCGAGCUACGCUGCAAUAUUCUCAUGGCCGGUUUCAUUAAGAAAACCACCAAGAAGGCGCACCAAACCUUGGUGGAGCAGGUUGCGUCCAAAGCACAGGCUUCCGCCGACCUGGACGCCACCACCGCCGCCGCCUCCACGCCCGGCUCGUCUUCUCUGCGUGGAAAAAAUGCACCUCGGUUCAGCGAUUAUAGCCAGGUCCGCAGCGCUGCAGGGCAUGCUCCUGUCGACGCCGCAGGCCUGGGGCGGGAUACCCGAGAACAGGGCAGCUGGCGGUCACACGGCCACAGCUCGAGCGAGGGCGACUUGAAGAAGAUGAUGCCGGAAGUCAUCGAGCUGCCGGCAUCGUUUUCUUUCGGCUCUGAAUUCCGACCCUCAAACACCCCAGCCUCCCAACAGCCGCGGCGUUUCUCCGCCAUGCCACCACCAUCCUCUAAUACAUCGGCGACGGCACCCCUCCCAUCCAAGCCGUACUUUUCCCCACCAAAGCCCGCGCACCAAGAAACACGACAGGCGAUGCCGCCACCGUCUUUUCUCUUGCCGCCGCGGCCCCCCGCUCCGCAGAACCUACCCAGCGGCGCGCAGCGCGUUUCCUUCGACUCCGGGAAGGAGAAGCUGUACGCGCCAUAUAAUCCGGCCCAAUCGACGACGGCGGCCCGGGCAUCGGCGCACCUCAUGUCUCUCUUCCCUCCCUCGCCGUCGACCAGCUCCAGCGCCGACAGCGAGGAGGACUACCUCGGCGACGGCGGCGACUGCGUCAACCGGACGGCUCUCUACCCGGACCCUUUGUGCAUUCAAAAAACACCAGCGAUCGCGGAACUCCCGGCCGCUCCGGCUGCGGCUGCUCCUUCUUCCGGCACCCCAGCCAUGCCAAAGUCUCCAGCGUACCCGGAGAUGAAUCCAUAUUCGGACUCUCCAGAUGACGAGAACGGCAGCAUGUCGUUACCGUCACCGCCUGCUUCCGUUAUUGCUGCUGCUGCCGGUGUCGGUACGUACGGCCUGCACCCGGCGCCUCUCAGGCCAGGCUUUAGGGGGGCGGUACCGCUGGCGCCGGUGGCGGGCGAGGUCCCGGCUGCGUUGCGUCCUGGGGCGUCGCCUAAUAUCAACUUUGGGUCCUCGUGGAUACAUGAUUUGAAAUGAUCAUAUGCGGCGUGAGCUUUACUUAUUUAUUUUUAUUUUGCUUUUGAUGACUUUUGUUUUCUGUGGCUAGAUCGGUAGCCAUCGGCCGGCUUUUUGAGUUUUAUGGCUUGAGUCAAAUGGAAUUCGGGAUACACUUCCGGGCUAGGUAUACAGUGCUUUUUUUUUGCGUCGUGGAGUGGCUCCAAGUACAAUGAACAGAUGUUUUCCGUUGUAUAUAGCGGUAUUUCUGUUGGCGUUUUUGCUGGUGUUUUCUGGUGUAAAAUAUGCUGGGCAAAUAUCAAGUCGUUGAUCUGUUGGUCUAUCUGGCCUACCAUAACCGCCGGUCCAUGAAAUCGCUCGCUUGUCCAUUGCACAACCACAUUGUAUUCCAACCAAGGAAAACAGCCACUAUACUUUCUCAGUCGAUUCACUAUGGGUAGCAAUACUGUCAUGAAUAUCAAAGGCACUUUGUGUACGCCAAAGAGCGUGAACAAUUAAAUUCCCGA